AUGAACGGCUUUAGCACCGAGGAGGACAGCCGCGAAGGGCCCCCCGCCGCCCCCGCCGCCGCCCCGGGCUACGGCCAGAGCUGCUGCCUCAUCGAGGACGGCGAGCGCUGCGUCCGGCCCGCGGGCAACGCCUCCUUCAGCAAGAGAGUCCAGAAGAGCAUCUCGCAGAAGAAACUCAAGCUGGACAUCGACAAGAGCGUAAGGCAUCUGUAUAUUUGCGAUUUUCACAAAAAUUUCAUCCAGAGUGUACGAAAUAAAAGGAAGAGGAAGACAAGUGACGAUGGCGGAGAUUCUCCUGAGCAUGACACUGACAUUCCUGAGGUUGAUCUGUUCCAGCUGCAGGUGAACACUCUCCGACGUUAUAAACGACACUACAAAUUGCAGACCAGACCAGGCUUCAAUAAGGCCCAGUUAGCAGAAACUGUCAGCCGACACUUCAGGAACAUACCUGUGAAUGAAAAGGAGACCCUUGCUUACUUCAUCUACAUGGUGAAGAGUAACAAGAGUAGACUGGACCAGAAGUCAGAGAGUGGCAAGCAGCUUGAGUGA